UCUCGUUCAACGCUCGACGUCGUUUUGAGUCUCCCCACUUUGAGUCUCUAGCGAAGCGAUGUUGUUCUUCUCUUGAACUCCACGCUCAGACGGCGGAGAAGAUUCGAUUUCGAACUGCCAACCAUAGGCUCUAUGUUUAUGACUUCCUUCACAUGAAUAAAGCUGAAAGAAAAUGGAUCAAGCGUAGGUGUUGAUGGUCCUGAUAGUUUUGGAUGAGAUGGAUAUUGAAGGUGUUGCGAUAGAUCUUCUGUCAAGAAAUGGUGGCAAUGUAGAUGAGCCUUGUGAGGCGAGCACGAGUGGAAACGCUACUAGCACCACCGUAGAGCAUUUCGCAACUCUUGGCGAGCCCCAAAACGGCAUGGAGUUCGAGUCCAAGGAGGCUGCGUACUAUUUCUACAGAGAAUACGCUCGAUCAUUCGGAUUUGGCAUCACAAUAAAAGCCAGCCGCCGUUCAAAGAGAUCAGGAAAGUUCAUCGAUGUCAAAAUAGCGUGCUCAAGAUUCGGAGCCAAGCGCGAGUCAACCGCGGCUGUAAUAAACCCGCGGUCAUGUCCAAAGACGGGUUGCAAAGCUGGUCUUCAUAUGAAGAGGAAAGAAGACGAGAAAUGGGUUAUAGUUAGUUUCAUAAAAGAACAUAACCACGAGAUCUGUCCGGAUGAUUUUUACGCCAGCGUAAGGGGAAAGAACAAGCCUGCUGCUGGUGCGUCAGCGCAUCAAAAGAAAGGUCUUCAGUUAGCUCUAGAAGAGGACGACUUCAAGUUGAUGCUCGAGCGUUUUGCGGAGAUGCAAUCUAAGCAGCCUGGUUUCUUCUACGCGGUGGAUUUCGACUCUGAGAAACGUAUAAGAAACGUGUUUUGGCUCGACGUGAAGGCUAAGCAAGACUAUUACAGUUUCUCUGAUGUUGUUCUCUUCGACACGUUUUACCUUAGGAGCGGGUACAGAGUCCCGUUUGCUCCUUUCGUCGGGGUUAACCAUCACCGUCGAUAUGCGCUGCUUGGAUGUGCGUUGAUAGGAGAAGAGAGCGAGUCAACUUACUCGUGGCUGUUUCGGACGUGGCGUAAAGCAGUAGGAGGUCAAGCUCUUGGAGUGAUGAUAACGGAUCAGGAUAAGGUUCUAAGCGACGUCGUUGCCGAAGUGUUUCCAAGUGCUCGUCAUUGUUUCUCUUUGUGGAGUGUGAUGAGUAAGAUCCCUGAGAUGGUGAAUCCUUUAGAUGAUGGUUUCACGGAGUGUUUUAGAGACUGCGUGGACGGAGCUUGGACCGAUGAGCAGUUCGAAAGGAGCUGGUCAGAGAUGGUUGAUAAGUUUGAGCUUAACGAGAACGAGUGGCUCCACUCGCUGUUUAGAGAUCGGAGGAAGUGGGUGCCACGUUACUUUCACGGUCUUUCUUUCGCUGGGUUGUCUGGACCCGAGAGAUGUGGAAGCGUCGUCUGUCAUUUCGACAAGUAUAUGAACUCAGAAGCUACGUUCAGUGGCUUCUUUGAAGAAUACACGAAGUUUCUGCAGUAUCGUUACGAUGUGGAAGCGAAGGAUGAUCUUGAUUCUCAGAGCAAACAACCUACACUGAGAUCUUCUUUAGCUUUCGAGAAACAGCUUUCGUUGAUCUACACAGACGCUGCUUUUAAGAAGUUCCAAGCUGAGGUGCUUGGAGUUGUCUCUUGUCAACUCCAGAAAGAAAGAGAAGAUGAAACGACAGCUAUAUUCCGCGUUGAGGAUUUUGAAAAACGCCGAAACUUCUUCGUUUCUGUGAACAAAGAGGUGUUGGAUGUGUGCUGCUCUUGCUAUUUAUUCGAGUACCAAGGGUUCCUAUGCAAACAUGCGAUGAUCGUACUUCAAAACUCUGACGUUUCCUGCAUUCCAUCUCAGUAUAUACUGAAGCGCUGGUCAAAGAAGGGUAACAACAGAGAAGAAAAACACGAAGAAGGAGCCGCUGUAGAUAACCGGAUGGCGCGUUUUGAUGAUCUUUGUCAGCGUUUUGUGAAGCUUGGAGAAGUUGCAUCUUUGUCAGAUGAAGCCUACAAGACUGCUUUACAGUUUUUGGAGAAAAACUUGAAGAAAUGUGUUAGUGUGAAUAGUUCUCCAAAGUUAAUGACAAGUGGGUCUAUUGGCUUCGAAAAUGAAGGUAUGUUGGACUCUGCAUCGAAACUGUCCAAGAAAAAGAAAACUCAGAAGAAAAGAAAGGCAUAUAAUGGACCAGAGGAUGUGACAAACGGGUCAGAAGAACUCCGCCAAGAACCUGAACAAGUUAGCUCCAGAGCUCCUACCUUUGAGAACUGUUACAUUCCUCAAGCAGCAGAUAUGGAAGCAACCGAGCUAGGCUCCCAUGCCGCACCUCUUGGGAUCUAUUAUUCGACUCAACAGACUAUUGGAUUCUCAUCGGUUUCUUCUGGCCAGGAGGGUUACUACGGAUAUCCGGCAACGAUACAAGCAAUGGGAAACUUGCAUUCAGUUCAUGGACGGAUGAAUCAAUAUGAGACACAACCAAGCAUCCAAGGAGCUUUCCAGGGACAGACAGGUUUCAGGGGAAGCGCUAUCCGUGGCGGCUAUGACAUGGAAGAAACUCUGCACGACAUGACGAUGGAGUCUUCACAGUUUCAGGGCUCUGGUCCGAGCCAUCCGGGUGAUCACCGUUUGUCCCACUAACAGAACAAGCUCAAGAGUUGCUUUUACAUAACUUAAAAACAAAUUAGUAUAUGCUUUUUGUACAGAAAAAAGAGUACAUUCAUAUUCUGGAAAUGGCUUUGAGGUAACUUUUACUCUGAAUGUAGAACAAAUGGAUUGAAAAGUAUUCACAGUUUGUUGUAGUUACCAUUAAAAAGUUAUACACAACCUUAGGUUGACCUUGAGG